AAAAUAUAUGAAUCUUUUUGUAGAGGUGGUAAAGAGAGAGGUAACGUAGCAGGAAAAAAUAUGGCUUCUUUCUCUCUCAAUAGCUUACCUCUUCCACCCUAUAAACCCCGUGUUCUAUCCGAGCGUUUUAGUGUUAAUGGAGGCGUUAAGCCGAUCGUAGUGAGUGGGAAUCCCCCUACCUUCGUCUCCGCGCCCGGGCGUCGGAUCGUCGCCGUCGGUGAUCUGCAUGGUGAUCUCUUUCAAACUAGGCGCGCACUAGUGAUGGCUGGCAUUCUAAGCUCGGAUGGUCAUGAUUUGUGGACUGGUGGAGACACGAUUUUAGUUCAACUUGGGGAUAUCCUUGAUCGAGGUGACGAUGAAAUAGCUAUCUUAUCUUUGCUGCGCUCACUGAACAUCCAAGCAAAAUCUAAAGGUGGUGCAGUUUUUCAGGUAAAUGGAAAUCAUGAAACCAUGAAUGUAGAAGGUGAUUUUAGAUAUGUUGAUCCUGGGGCAUAUGAUGAAUGCAUAGACUUCCUGGAAUACUUGGAUGAAUGUGGAGACAACUGGGAUGAUGCUUUUCUCAGCUGGAUUAAUAUACGUGAGAAGUGGAGGGAGGAACGCAGGAUGUCCGAAGGUCAAUGGAGUCCCUGGAGUUUUAUGAAGAGGCAGAAGGGACUUAUUGCUCGAUCAUCGCUUUUCAGACCAGGUGGCCUAUUAGCUUGUGAGUUGGCGCGCCAUGCUGUCGUGCUUAAAGUUGAUGACUGGGUCUUCUGUCAUGGUGGUCUUCUUCCUCAUCAUGUUGCAUAUGGUGUUGAGCGCAUGAACAGAGAGGUAUCAGAAUGGAUGCAGGGAUUCAAUGAAGAUAGUGAGAGUCCAGAAAUGCCUUUCAUAGCUACAAGAGGUUAUGAUAGCGUGGUCUGGAAUCGCUUUUACUCGAGAGAAUCAGCAGAGUUGAAGUACCAAGCUUGGAAGAUAUCAUCUAUUGCGGAAGAAACAUUGGAAGCCAUGGGAGCUAAAGGGAUGGUAGUUGGCCACACUCCGCAAUCUAAUGGUGCAAAUUGUAAAUAUGAUCAGAAAAUUUGGUGCAUUGAUGUGGGCAUGUCUAGUGGUGUUCUUAAUUCGAGGCCAGAGGUUUUAGAAAUUGUAAAUGACAAUCCGAGGAUUUUAAGGCAUCAAACUGAGUCCUUAAAUGAGCUAGAUGUCUUGGACUACCUAUGAAACUCUAAUCAUGGAUUUAAGGUAACUGCUUCUUUCGAAGCCGCAGCAAUUUGCGAGAACCAUUACUCAGCUAGAUGAGCUACAAGGGAAUUCAUAUAUACUUAUCGAGAAGCUGUUAUUCUUUUGGUGGUAUAUAUGGCAUUGGAGAUUUUUCUUUUUUCUUUUUUCCUGACUACAUUGGAAAUCAUUCUUCAUUGUUAUGGCAUAUUUAAUGUCCAAUAAAGCAAAGACACACAUUUUAAUUUUGCUGGAAGGAAUAGAGACAUACAGAAAACACUCUUUGUACUAGGAUGUGUGCAAAAACUCUGUAUCAGCUUUAUAAACACUUCAGGCUUCAGUUGGAGCCUGGAUAUAUGCAUCGAAAAUCGAAGAGAACAAAAAAGGGGA